UUCUAUAUAGCCUGUAAGUCCAGAAGCAGCAUUUCUUUCAUUAUGAAUCAAGGCCAAUACAAACAAUAUCACUCUUCAUCUGGACUCUUCAAGGCAAGCAGCUAUGGCAAUGGUCACCCUACUAAGGUUUCCAGCCACAUCUCACCAGUCCACCAUGGAAGUUCCCAUAGUAUGUACCAUGGAGGGUUUCAUAAGCAUCACCAUGGUUCUACCAGUCCUCAUGGCGGAUCAGGUAAACCAAGUGUGUACUCCAAGAUGUCAACUUUUGGUCAUGGGUAUGAUUAUGGAAACGUACAAGGAGGUCAUAGUUAUGACAACCUCAAUUUUGGAGGACACAAUGGCCGGAAAAAUGAUGGUCUGUUCAGCGUCAAUGAGAAGGAAACCAUGCAACUGUUGAAUGAACGGUUGGCUUCCUACCUGGAGAAGGUCCGUUCACUAGAGCAGGAGAAUGCUAACCUGGAGAGCAAGAUUUGUGAGUGGCAUGGAAAUCAAUCGCAUGCAGUAUUGCCUGACUUCCAAAAUUACUUCAAAAUUAUCGAGGAACUCCAGAGUAAGAUCUCUGCAGCUAAUGUCGAAAAUGCUAGAAUCGUUCUCCAGAUAGACAACGCAAGCCUGGCUGCUGAUGACUUCAAAAACAAGUUUGAGAUGGAGCAGAGACUGAGGAACAAUGUUGAAGCGGAUAUAAAUGGUCUGCGAAGAGUGCUAGAUGGCCUGAAUAUAGAGGCCUGUGAUCUACAAGCAGAGCUUGAGAACCUUCAAAACGAGCUUCAGCAGAUGAAGAAAACUCACGAAGAGGAAGUGAACUGUCUACGCACUCAGUUGGGAGCCAGGAUCAACGUACAGGUGGAAGCCGCUCCAUCUGUAGAUCUAAACAGGGUCCUGUCUGAGGUCCGAGAGCAGUAUGAAAAGCUGAUGGAGAAAAACCUGAGGGAGGUUGAGAGCCUGUUUCUUUCCAGGAGUGAGGAACUGAAUCGUCAGAUGUCAUCUGGUCCUGAACAGCUCCAAACUGUCCAAACUGAUGUCAUUGACCUCAAACGGUGUAUUCAGACCCUGGAGAUCGAAUUGCAGAGCCAGCUGAGGAUGAAGUCAGCCCUUGAACGCACCUUGGCAGACACAGAGGCGAGUUUCAGGUCUCAGCUUGAACAGUUGCAAUGCAUGAUAGACAACGUCGAGGAACAGCUGACACAGAUCCGCUUGGAUCUUGAGUACCAAUUUCACGAAUAUAAGAUUCUAAUGGACCACAAGACACAUCUGGAGAUGGAGAUCGCCACCUACAAAUCCCUGAUGGAGAGUCAGGACUUCCAUGUCCCGGAUAGUAAACUCAAAGUUUUGAAGGAGGUCUCUGUUAGCACCUUAAGACAUCAUGUGAGUUCUCACCAUGAACCCGAACUCGGGAAAGCAGUCUCCAGCCAGGAGCAGGAAAAAUAAAGAAAGCGACACUCCGAGAGGAUGCUCCAAUAACCAUUCAUAGAGAGCUCAGACCUUCAUCAUCUUAUAUCGCUUCAAGCUUUAGCCAGCAACUUCCUAGCUAUCUUUGUCUUUUGAAUCUACC